AUGCAGGAGCGGCGCACGCCGUCCUUGAAGGGCUGCCCGGCUGACCUUGCUCCGCGCUCUCCAGAGAAAUCUCUAGGAGAGCGCGAGGACGCGGCCACGGCGGUGACUCACUCCGCCAACCGGGAUUUGCUGGGGAACCGAACAUUACUCUUUAUCUUCAUCUGCGCCUUCGCCUUGGUGACCUUGCUGCAACAGAUCCUGUACGGCAGCAACUACAUCAAGAGAGGCCUCCAGUUUGGUUGGCAGAGUGGCGACCAGCUGGCCAAUUGGACGGGGCUCUUUAAUGUCACGGACGACCAAGCAAUGCAGAGCAGCAGUGACUCCAGCUCCAGGUACUUUGAAUUUUACGAGGGGCCUUUUGAAUAUAAUUCCACAAGAUGCCUGGAGCUGAGGCAUGAAAUACUGGAAGUGAAGGUGCUGUCCAUGGUGAAGCAGUCGGAGCUGUUUGACAGGUGGAAGAGCCUCCAGAUGUGCAAAUGGGCACUGAACAUCUCAGAAGCCAACCAGUUCAAGUCCACUCUGUCCAGGUGCUGCAAUGCCCCUGCCUUUCUCUUCACCACCCAGAAGAACACUCCCCUGGGGACAAAGCUCAAGUAUGAGGUGGACACCAGCGGCAUCUACCACAUCAACCAGGAGAUCUUCCGCAUGUUUCCUAAGGACAUGCCCUACUACCGGUCCCAGUUUAAGAAGUGCGCAGUGGUGGGCAACGGGGGCAUCCUGAAGAACAGCCGCUGCGGGAGGGAGAUCAACAGCGCCGACUUUGUCUUCCGGUAA